AUGGCGAAAAAACGAGAACGCCGAACCGGGAAUCGCGCCGGCCCCCAAUCCGAGCCGGACCAGCCAGCCGGCGCCUACAGCUCUUCCUCCUCGCGCGUUAGUCGGGAUCGCAAGCUUACAACCACCACCACCACCAUCGCCGCCGCCGCCGCCACCACAAUCCUAUUCCUAAUCGUAGUUCCCGCCAUUUCAGUUAUCGUGUACCGUAUGGUUUACGCUCCCAAUACCCCACACCCAUCGUAUGUCUACAGCCGCAACCUCGUCAGUAAGGAUAUUAACUACCGGCAAGUUCUCGAUGAGCAUAUGAAGACAUCGGAGAAUUCGAGUCGACGGAACUUUAAGAAUCCUGUGCUUGCCUACAUUACUCCAUGGAACUCUCAAGGGUAUGACAUGGCCAAGAAAUUCAGCAACAAGUUUAGUCAUCUUUCACCUGUGUGGUAUGAAUUAAAGAGCCAAGGUAUAAAAAUGAGUUUGGAGGGAAGACAUAAUGCCGAUAAAGGAUGGAUUACGGAGAUCAGAAGAUUGGGGAACUCUCAGAUGUUACCUAGGGUAGUUUUGGAGGCGAAUCCCGUGGAUCUGCUGAAAAAGAAAAAGCAGAGGGAUAAAGCAGUUAAACUCAUCAUUGCCGAAUGCAAAGAAAUGGAAUAUGAUGGUAUCGUACUAGAGUCAUGGUCAAGAUGGGCAGCAUAUGGUAUUUUGCAUGACCCAGACAUGCGGAAUAUGGCUUUGGAAUUCAUCAUGCAACUCGGCCAAGCCAUGCAUACCGUGAACUUGCAAUUAGUGUAUGUAAUAGGUCCACCUCACUCGGAUAAGUUGAGUGAAUAUGACUUUGGUCCUGAAGAUCUUCAAAGAUUGAGUGAUGAUGUUGACGGUUUAUCCCUCAUGACUUACGACUUUUCGAGCUCUCAGAAUCCCGGACCGAAUGCACCUUUAAAGUGGAUCCAGUCGACCAUGAAGCUUCUCCUUAGUGCCAGAAAUGGCGAGCGUCGGAAAUUGGGCAAAAAGAUUUUUAUUGGCAUCAACUAUUAUGGGAAUGAUUUUGUUGUUUCACAAGGUUUAGGUGGUGGACCUAUCGUUGGAAGGGAAUAUUUGUCUUUAUUGGAGCAGCACAGGCCACAGCUGCACUGGGAGAGCAACAGUGCUGAACACUUCUUCUUGUACACAGAUAAACAAAGCGUCGAGCAUGUAGUUUUCUACCCAUCACUAAUGUCAAUCUCACUAAGACUCAAGGAAGCUUUUUUGUGGGAAGCUGGCAUCUCAAUCUGGGAAAUCGGGCAGGGACUUGAAUAUCAUUUUGAUAUUUUGUGA